CUUAUUAUUCCAUCACAAACCAAUUCAUCGUCUUCCUCCUCUGCUUCUGCUUCAUAACAAUGGCGGCCUCGAUGUUCCAAAUCUUUGUCUUUAUUUCCUUCUUCCAAAUCUCCAUUGCUUCCAGGUUGCUUAAUGAGUUCAUUCCCGACCAGACCCAGUCGCUGAAAUACCACAACGGCCCUCUUCUUUCCGGCAAGAUCCGUAUCAAUCUCAUUUGGUAUGGCAAAUUCAAGCCGUCCCAGAAAGCAAUCGUUAACGAUUUCCUUACUUCCCUGUCGGAUUCUUCCAUUAAAGCCGCCGCGCCGUCGGUCGCCUCGUGGUGGAAGAUGACGGCGAAGUAUUAUGAACAUUCCGGCAAGUCAUCAGCUCCUCUGUUUUUGUCGGUCGGAAAGCAAGUUCUCGAUGAGAAUUACUCGUUGGGGAAAUCGCUCACCAACAAAAAAAUCGUUCAAUUAGCUUCAAAGGGUGAGCAAAAAAACGCGAUUAAUGUCGUUUUGACGGCGCCGGAUGUCACUGUCGAUGGAUUCUGUAUGAGCCGUUGCGGCACUCAUGGCUCUGCCCCCUCCGCCGUCGGAGUUAAAGGCAAAAACUACAAAUUCGCUUACAUUUGGGUUGGGAAUUCCGAAACCCAAUGCCCCGGACAGUGCGCGUGGCCAUUCCAUCAGCCGAUUUACGGCCCGCAAUCGCCGCCUCUGAUUGCGCCGAACGGCGAUGUGGGUAUGGACGGAAUGAUUAUAAACCUCGCCAGUCUCUUGGCCGGAACCGUCACGAACCCAUUUGGAAAUGGAUACUUUCAAGGUCCGGCGACGUUGCCAUUGGAGGCUGCCUCGGCCUGCACCGGCAUCUAUGCUAAAGGGGCUUAUCCUGGUUACGCCGGCGAUUUGUUGACGGAUUCCACCACCGGCGGGAGCUAUAAUGCUAACGGCGGUAACGGAAGGAAGUACUUGCUGCCGGCGUUGCUGGACCCUUCUACUUCGGCUUGUUCGACAUUGGUUUGAGAUGAUCAUAGGGAAAUGGUGCAUCAAAUAUUUAAUUCGUUGAUUUCUUCAUUUGUUGUAGCUCUGUUACAUAUCUGAUUAAUUAAUCACAGCAAAUCUCUUUUAUUUGCUUAAA